UGCUGUGGAUUCAAACACUGCUGUGCAUGAAACGGAGACGCAGCGUUCUACUUAACUCUCCUAAACAUCUUCCCCAAGAGUGAUGACGACGCCGCACUAACCAUCUCAGUUGCCGCCGCUAUUUUUCCUUCCUUUCAAAAUAAAACUCCAAUAUAUAAGAGACCAUUUUCUUAGCCAUUUGAAUUUUUUUUUCUGCACCAACUCGCCUCGCUGGGUGUCAAUCACCAAAAUGAAGAACAAGCCCCCAUCUCCCCCCAGGGUUCUGUAUGAUUUAAAGUUGUUUUCUCACUUUUUGUCUUUUCGAUUGAUUUUGUUGAAGAACGCUCCUUUUCCGCUUGUACCGUGCCGUCUCGUGCACAGCAGCUCGUGCCGUGUUUCGAUCCACAGCAGAGGAUCUCUCUCUCUCUCUCUCUCUCUCUCUCUUGUGUUGCAUAUGUGGAUAUUAUAAAGGCUUUUGUUUUAUUUUUCUUCUCUUCUUGUCAAAAAAAUUGCUGUCUUUAUUGAGGUUUUGUGUUUGAUUCAUCUUCAGUUGUAUGACUGAUCUAGAUAUGCCAAAUAGGUGGGGUUUUUUUUUUCUUUUUUAAUUUUGUAUGUUUGAUGCAUGUGGAGCCUGAGGUUCGAAUGGUUGCUGGUGUUGCUACUGUAGCUGGAUUUAGAUUUUAGUAAAGUUAUUAUUGACUUUCCAUGUUUCUUACUUCAAAUUUUUAUUUUUUUGGAUUUCGAUAUACAUGACAAAUUUCCCAUCUGAGAUUGUUUUAGGCUUAAACUUCUGAUAAUAUCCAAUUUAAGCAGUGAAUUGAUAGAAUUCUUGAAACGCAUAUCCAAAUCGAAGUGAUAGAGGAGGACAUUCAUUUCCUCAUAUUGGCACUACUUGUUUUGGGACAUUUUGGGAUGGAUAUUUUGUGUUUUUGGUUUGUUUGUUCGUUUUUAGCACUAUGUUUGGGAACAUGUUUUCUACAUCAUAUACUAUAGUAUUAUAUUCUUUUCUAAUUUUAACCAUACCUUUCUUUCUCUUUCUAUGGAAUUUAAGGUGUAGGUUUCUUAUGUUUAGUUAAUUGCUCUUAGUUUUGGGUUUUCAUGGUUUCUUGAUUUGUUUUGGUGUUGAUGGUCUUGAUUCAUUCCCUCUAUCUCCAUUUAUGAAAUCAUUCGUAUGCUACACGAGAGAGAAGGGUGUCUUAGUUGGUAAUCCGUUGUUGUUAGGUGAUAAAUUCCAUUUAAUUGCAUGUUAUCAUUGCAUAUUGAAAGAUCACCAACUUCUGUCCUUAAUCCAUUAAAUACAAUGUUGUUUUUAAAAUUUGUUCGAUUUGAGAUGGACAUUGUUGAGGAUUUAGUUAUGGUGCUUGCUUUAGUGUAGAAAUAGAGUUCUUUGCCUAUGGUGGGGGCUAUACAUUAUGCAUUGUAGUUCAAUAUGUCACUUGUAAAUCUUGUCAUGGCAGUGGUCAUAGGCGAACCUCUCUCUGAUUAUAUAGGAUCGAGUUUAGUUUCCUGCUCGGAACACACCAUAUCAUGCUGAGUUGUUUCCGAUGCAGAGUUUUGUUCGAUUUCUAUCUUAUUUCUUAAAUUUUUUGGAGCUCAGUCCUAGUUUGGGCUUUUCAUUUUUCUGUGUGUGCGUGCGUGAUUCUUUCUUUAUAUAUGAUCCUCAUUGUGUUAGAGGAUAAAUUCUGAUGGAAUUCUUACCUUUAAUAUUUGAAGUUUAGUUUUCUAUUUAAGUUGGAAUUUACAAAUAAUUAAAUUCUAAGGGGCCAUAUUCGUAGUCUUUUUGAGAUUUCUUUAUUGGGUCCUUGGGAGAGACCAAAUGAAUUAAGAAUAAACAAAAAUAAAGAGAAGGGGAAAAGAUAAUUGAAUGAAACAAAAGAUGUAAAAAAGCACACUCCAUUUCCUAUUUAUUUCCAAUAAGUAUAUAAAAUAAGAGAAUGGGAAACUCUCACAAUAUAAGUGUUAUAUGUUUAUGUAUAUUUUUGUGUGUGAAUUUUUGUUUUCUUACAUAUGUAUUCAGGUUCAGAAAUUGUAUAAAGAUUUCCCUUUUUUUCCUUUCUUUUCACUAAGAGUGUUAGUCGUGGCUUCGUUGUACAUAAGUUAUUUCUUUUACUUCAUAUGCACUAAUCUCGGGUAUGUGCCAAGUUCUUCGAUAUCAUUGGUGUUCAUAUGCAACGUCUAGAGGAGUUAUGUGUCUUAAGAACUUAUCUAACUUCUUUUCUGCUUCAUGUUCAGUCUUAUAAACUCAAUAAAUAUUGAAUUGGUGUUAUUGUAUGAUUAAGAUUACUCAUUUUGUGUUUUUCCCCAAGCAGCUAAAAAUGAGCCCUUAAAGGUCUUUGGUUAUGCAUCUGGCUUCAGCUACAUUCCUAAACUAAUGGCUAAUAUGCACGAGCAGCAUUUCUCCCAAACAAUAUCCAAAAAUCUCAAUUUUGAAGUGGACUGUCCUCCUCAACGAGGCCAGGAAGUGAAGUACAUUGACUUUCAACUACAAGAUCAACACUCUUCCUCGACUGAAUCAACGAGCCUUUCUCACAAGGAAUUCACCGCCAUGGGAAAGGCUGGUUCUCAAGAUCAAUGCGCUUCAUCUGACUCCGUACAUGAUGAAAGCUAUGGUAAGCAUGGGCAACAUAUGAAGGGGGGCUUGUUCCUGUGCAAUCCCGAGCUCUCCAUCAACGUGUCACAUGCUGAGAUUACCCAACCGAUUGUGCAGCUCCCGUAUGCCUACGCAGACCCCUACUUCACCGGAUUGUUUACGCCCUACGGCCCUCAUAACAUCAUACAACCGCAGAUGAUGGCCGCCGCAUCCGGGCGUGUGCCGCUGCCCGUGGAUCUUCCCGAGGACGGCCCCAUAUACGUGAAUGCAAAACAAUAUCAUGGUAUACUUAGGAGGAGACAGACUCGAGCUAAGCUGGAGGCACAAAACAAACUUGUGAAAACUCGGAAACCGUAUCUGCACGAGUCUCGUCAUCAGCAUGCGCUGAAUAGAGUGAGGGGGAGUGGGGGCCGGUUUCUGAGCACCAAGAAGCAGCAGUCGGAGGCUCUUGCGGCGGCCAGUGCUGGUGGUGUGGACGCGUUUCAUUUCGGUUAUGGGGAAGGUGGUGGCGAUGGGACGAGGGUUUCGGGUGGUGGUGACGCUAUCUUGCAGCAGUCCGAUGGCAGGUUUACAAGCAUGGCGUCGCACAGUGGUGGGAUGGUGUACAAUGGGAACCGCUGUUAUGCUUCCAUCGUCCGGUGAGGCGCCGAUCCCGACUGGACCGGCUGGGCAAUUCAUCCUUGGCUUUGUGGCUUAGAGGUUUUUUCCUCUGCUACUCCUACACAAUGUGGGCUUUCUUUAUUCUCUGCCUAAUACAUCAAAUCCUACACGCAUUUGGAUCUUGAACUAAAACAAACUCUCUCUCUUUCUAAGCUAUCUUUUUUCAUCUCUCUCUCUAUCUUGGCAAGUUACAGUUGAACUCAUUGUUUAGCAUGAAAGAAGUCUUGAAUAGAGAGAACAUUUUGGGUGCAUAUUCAAAUAUUGGAAUAUAAAGUAGUUGUUUUUUGACGGAAAA